AUGCAAACUCCCGAAGGUGGCGACUUUGUCCCUUGGGCCUCUGUCUUGGUUGUAUUGUUAUUACUACUCCCCGGGUCACGACUUGCUGUCGCCGUCCCCGAGCUACCACCACCACCACCACCGCCACUAGAACUGGAAAUUAAAGAGCUGUCCGACUUCUCUCCCUUUUCACCCACUCCCGGAGCGAAGGAGACAGAAACCCUCCUGUUCCCCGACGGUGACUCGGGACCAGAUGAAAUCGAGGAAUCUGAUGUUGAGGAAGAUCAGUAUGAUGAUACAGAGACAGAGACCCGUAGUAAGGCAAGCUACAGCAACUACACCGACCAGGAGUAUGAUAGAAUUGACAGCAUUAUGGGAGAACCUUCAGACCGUGCUCUUAUGAGACAACUGCCUCCUGAGGAACAGCUGAAAAUCCAGCAACAUGUGGAAGACUUCCGCCUGGAGAAGGCAAAGCUGGAUAGAGAAAUUGCCAAGUGGGAUGAUAGUGGAAAUGACAUCAUCAUACUGGCUAAACAGAUGUGUAUGAUCAUGAUGGAGAUGACUGAUUUCACUCGUGGUCGUGGUCCACUGAAGUCCACUAUGGAUGUCAUCAAUGCUGCCAAGAAGAUCUCAGAAGCUGGAACUAAUCUGGACAAACUGGCUAGAACAAUUGCUGACCAGUGUCCAGAUUCCAGGUCCAAGGAAGAUUUAAAAGCUUAUUUGAAGAGCAUAGCUCUUUUUACACAUCAGUUGAACAUCACUGGCAAAGUGAAGUCUGAUGUGAUCACUUUGGACAGUGGGGAAGUACUGUUAUCAGGGCUUGACAGUGCCACCUCUCUGAUCCAAGCAGCCAAGAAUCUUAUGAAUGCUGUGGUCUUGACCGUCAAAGCAUCUUAUGUGGCUUCCACCAAGUAUCAACGAUCUCAGAAGGGUGUCAAUUCCCCUGUUGUCUUAUGGAAGAUGAAGCCUCCAGAGAAGAAAGCACUUGUCCGUCGAGAGGAUCCUGAGGAAAUUACAUCCAAGAUCAGAAAGAGUGCUAAACUGAAGACUAUCCAUGUUGUGAAGGAAUUGAGCGAAUUUACAGAAAUAGACAGUUUUUAAAGAUCAGCUUUUAAAGACAAUAAAGACAUUAUUUUCAAUUUCUAACAUUUCACACACAUAAUAUUGAAAUGUCCUCUUCAAAGUAAUAUUGCUUUUCUAAGUAUAAAGAAGUAGACAUUAUAUAUAAUGAGUAGAUAUUGAAUGAGUUUUAGGGGAAACGGACAUAUUGUUCAUGAAGUAAACUUGGCAUUUAUCAUCAGUCUCGGGAAGACAUUAAAAAAUUGAAUCAUUUAAUUAAAUGUAUAUAUCAUUAAAAGAUUGCUGCUCUUAAUGAUUUAAUAGUAAGGCAGUUGAGAACAGUCAUGUUAGAAUCUACCCAAGAUGAGAGCUUGAAUUCUAUUUAAUAUGUAGUAUCAUAGCUUCAUUCUAUAAUUGAAUCUCAGCACAUUUACCCCUCUUGUACAUAUGAAUAGCCUGCUUGUUCAAGCAUAUUAUUUAUCUUGGGGGUAAUAACUGAAUAUGGAAAGAUUUUUUGUAUGAAAUGAAUUUUACUGGGUUAUGUAUCACACAUAUACACAGAGAGAGAAAAUUGUUCUUUAACAUCUGUGGAUUCUUUUUGGUACUAUUGAAGAGGGUAAUCAGUAUCAUUGCAUCUUAUCUUUAGAAAUAUGUGGCUUAUGAUGAAUAUUUUCUAGAAUGAAAAAUAAGUAGUUUGACAAUAUUGAGGAGAGACAUGGAAAGGACUGGAAACAAAAGAAAUUAUCACAUAUACAAUCUUGAUUUGCAUUACAUAUUGAUAUGCCAACAUUCCAUAAAUUAGCAUUAUCCACACCUUUUAAGUUUUGUAGAAUCUUACAGUAGAGCAAGUGAAGUCAAUAAAGCUGUCUGCUUAUGACA